AUGGUUCCCAUAACCUAUGAGUCUUGGUUGGAAGUUAGUGAUGAAGUAAGGGAAGGGUUAUGGCAAUAUGUUUUGGAAAAGUUUGUAGUUGACCCAAAGAGCCGGAAGCAAACUCUCCAAUCGAUCGGGAAGAAGUGGAGAAACUUCAAACAUUAUCUAUAUGCCAAGUUCAUUAAGAACCGAAGUAAAGAUCUCAAGGCAAAUCUAUUCAAACCUCUGAAAGAUUAUCCGUUUAUAAAGAAAGAAGACUGGAAAGUUUUUGUAUCCCAUAGAGUUACAAAAAAGUGGGAGGAUGAGCUACAGAAAUCGGGAAGCUUUGGAGAGGUUACAUGUGGAACACAUGAUGUGCUUACAGAGGCCUUGGGUACUCAGGAACAACGUGGGCAUGUACGAGGGAUGGGUAAAUUUAUAACGCCACAACAAUACUUUUAUUUACCCAAGAAUGUUAAGUAUUACUUGGAGAUUGAGAACGAGAGGGUGGAUAAACGAAUCAACAAAAUUGAAGAUGACUUGGAGAAACUAAAAAGAGGUGUACUUAAUGUUUUUGAAGCCGCAAGUUGCCAAGUAGGGGGCGUCAUUGAAGAUGUUGAAAAAGAACCACGGGAUGAAUCACUUGAUAAUUCAUGUCUUCUUGCGGUUGAAUUUGCUGCAAAUGUAGUCGCUAAAGGAACCAUAAUGAAGUAUAGUGCAUCGGAUGAAAACAUUCAAGUUAUGAUGGAAACAAUUUUACAAGGAGAAGCUUUAAUACUCAUUCCACUUGAAGAGGAGUUCAUUGUGAAGGUCAAAGAUGCAUUGGGACACAUACUAAGUUGGCCAAGACACUUAGUUAUUCGAUGCUCUGACCUGGGAAAAGUGGUGGCGAAACCUAUGAAAAAACAUGCAACACCAGUGAAGAAAGAUGCAACACCAGUGAAUGAAGGUACAACACCUUUAAAAGAAGAAAUAGGAAGUAAUAAGAAAGAAAAAGGGACAGGAAAAAUGGUUGAUGGACAAAAAGAACCAUGUGACGUGGAAGAAGGGGAUGAUAUGGAAGAAGGGAAUGGAAUAGAAAAGAAGAUUAAAAAGAAGGAGAAACAAAAUAGUGAGAACGAUCUUUUUGGGUACGAUAGUUACACGUACUUAACUUGGGAUGAUUUUGAAGCGGUUCUUACAAUGGAUGAGCUGACUGGUGCUGUCAUUAUGUCUUAUAUGAUAAACCCUAAAGUUCUGAUCUUUGCAGACCUUCAGGCUUUCCUGAGUCGGAGAUGCUACUCUGGUUUUGAGUUUUGA